AAUAAAUUCGUUCUGCGCUGACGUACGACUGGCGUGCUUGAAAUUCGCGAAAAACGUCAAAAAGAGACGAUAAAAUGUCAAGAAACGAUGGACGAAAUGACACAAGUGAUUCUGCUUUUCGAAAAAUUGAUGUAGAUCAAUAUAAUGACAAUAAUUUUAAAGAAGAGGAAGUUGAUAGUGGUACAACAGGACCGACCGGCCCGGAUGAAAAUGAAAUUCUACAACUACUUAGCCAGGGUAAAAAUGCUGAGGCAUUAAUUUCUGUUCUCAAAUCUGCUCCACUCGGUUGUAAAAAUCAACAAAUCAAGGACAAUGCGAGAAAUUUAACACAAAAAGUCUUACUAAGUAUAAAAUCAAAUCAAAUAGACGAUUGUAUAUCACAAUUGGAUCGUGACCUCAUAGACGUGCUCAUGAAAUAUAUUUAUCGAGGUUUUGAAAUUCCAACGGAUGGAAGUAGUGGACAUUUGUUAUUGUGGCAUGAAAAAGUCUAUAAUGUCGGUGGAGUUGGUUGCAUUGUUCGUGUAUUUGCCGAUAGUAAAAGAGCUUAAAAUGUUAUUACAUUCUUACAUUUUUUUUAUUCUGUUACACAAUAAUUUAGUAACUUUAAAAAUUAUAUCUAGAUCGUACAAUUUUUUCACUAAGAAAAAAAAACAAGAACCACAGUGCAUUUAUGUCAAGUUGUUUGUCAAUAAAUUUUUAUUUCUUCUACUUACAGAGAAAAAAAAACUCUUUACUUAAUUAAAAAGAAACUGAAUAAAACAGCUCAAGUUUUAUAUAUA